CGUCCUACUAUUAUCACUAUAAUUUUCAGGUUAAAAUAAAAACCAAUAAUAGGCACAAAUUUUAUUUACACCGAAGGAAAUAACAUACAAACGAAUAGGUUUAAUCCACGAACGUUAUAAAUAACAUAAAGACAAAUCUUUAUAAAAAGUCUUUAUUAACUUCGUUAAGUUCCCUUUUGAAUUUUUUAUCGGAACGAUAACUCGAUAUAAAUCCCGGUACGAAGCAAGUUCUUUUAGUGUAAGCUUUCUUGGCACUCAUAUUUAAAUAAUAUUAACCACCAAAACCAAUAAUCUUAUAUUAACUACGAAUAAUUAAUUAUUUUCGAAAUUUUCACAUUCACUCCAAUGCAAAAGUAGCAUCUAUUUCUACGCCACCGCCGCCCUAGCGAGAAACCAAGCAAACAGGCAAAAUUGUGUACAAAAAUUUCAAGGUCGUCCUAUCUCGAUUCCUCUCCUCUGUGUAGGUCUCCAUAAUGUAAACAUAGCAAAAAGAAAAGCAAAAUGUUUUGACAGUUCUCUUACGUCAAAAAUUUUGACCUAUGUAAUAUCGCUUUUGUAGUAAAAAUACUAUAUUUAAAUAUUUUGCAUAUUGGAACCAGUAUUUAAGUUUAAAUUCGAAAUGGAGUUAAGUGAAGAUUCUAUAAAGAGAAAACAAAAUGUGUUAGUAUGUGAUAAACAGGAAGAUUCUUUAGAACAACAUGUUAAUGUACAAAUUAAAUCAGAACUGGAAGAAUGCAGGCUUGAAAGUAAUUAUACAGAUAAUUCUUUAUCAGACUCAUAUUGUUCGGACGAUAUUAAAAUAGAAGAACAUAUGUUACAAGAUGAUAUAUUUCCUGGCAUGCAAGAAGUUGAGAGAGAAAUAAAACAAGAACUGGAUGAACAUAAUGUAGAAGUAAACCAUCAUAGGUGUGAGGAUCUAUUUCAUACUCCAAAUACGAAAAAAUUAGAUUCAGAGAGAGAUGUAAAAUUAGAGAUAGCUUCAACUGAGAUAGAUCAUAAAAAACAUUGUAGAAGUAUGAAAACAGCAAAACUACUGUCUAACAUUGACACAGAUACAGAAAGUUUACGUCCGAACGAGAUUAAAACGAAAUCCAAAAGAUCUUCGGUAACACAUACACGAAAAAAUUUGUACAAGUGUAAAACAUGUUCGAAGGAAUUUACUAAAUUAAGUGGUUUGAAAAGACAUUUGAAAGUGCAUACCGGAGAAAAACCUGCCAAGUGCGAAAUUUGUUUUAAGAAAUUUAGUCGAAAUGAGUAUUUGAAAAAUCAUUUAAGGGUGCACACUGGAGAAAAGCCUUACAAGUGCAAAAUUUGUUUUAAGCUAUUUAGUGAAGCAGGAUCUUUGAAAAAUCAUCUAAGGGUGCACACUGGAGAAAAGCCUUACAAGUGCGAAAUCUGUUUUACGCAAUUUAGUGAAACAGGAUCUUUGCAAAAGCAUUUAAGGAUACACACUGGAGAAAAGCCUUACAAGUGCGAAAUUUGUUUGAAGCAAUUUAUUCAAUCAUGUUAUAUGAAAAAGCAUUUAAGGGUACACACUGGAGAAAAGCCUUACAAGUGCGAAAUUUGUUUUAAUCAAUUUAGUGAAAAAGGAACUUUGAAAAACCAUUUAAGGAUACAUACUGGAGAAAAGCCUUACCAGUGCGAAAUUUGUUUUAAGAAAUUUAGUGUAGCAUGUGCUCUAAAAAAUCAUGUGAAGAUACACACUGGAGAAAAGCCUUAUAAGUGCGAAAUUUGUUUCAAGAAAUUUAGUCGAGAUGGCUAUUUGAAAAAUCAUUUAAGGGUGCACACUGGAGAAAAGCCUCACAAGUGCGAAAUUUGUUUUAAGCAAUUUAGUGAAGCAAGAACUUUGAAAAAUCAUUUAAAGAAACACACUGGCGAAAACUGAGAAAUUUAUUAGAGAUGAAAGUUUGAAAAAUCAUUUGAGGAUACACACUAGAGAAAAGCUGUAUAAGUGCUAAAUUUCUGCUUAGUGUUAAAUUUGUUUUAAGCAGUUUAGUGUAACAUGUCUUAAAUUACAUGACUUUAAUGUGAAAACACAUUUAAGAUUGGAUAGCACACUGAGGAAAAUUCAUACAAGUAUGAAAUUUGUUUUAGUCCAUUUUGUGAAGUACGAAUGAAAAAGAAUUUGAGAAUGUACACUAGAGAUACACGCUGUAUCAAAGGCUUCUUGGAUAUAUCAAACGGGUUACUUCUGAUUUUACGUCCAUUCAACCAUUAAAGAUUGUGGUGUGGUCUCCCUAUUAUCAGAUGUAUAUUGAUAAAAUUGAGAAUGUGCAACAUAAAUUCCUUCGACAUGUUGCGUUUAAACUUGGCAGAUAUAUACAUUAUGACGAUAUUUUAAAGAUGCUAAAUAUUUCUACAUUAAAAAGCCGAAUACAGCACGACUUGAUUCUGUUAUUUAAGCUAGUUAACUCACAAAUCGACUGCCCUGAUAUGUUAGCUAAAAUUAAUUUCGCAGUUCCCAACCGCCAGACAAGACAAUUGGUUUGAUUUUCUGUGCCAAUUCGUAGAGCAAAUUACGCUCAUUAUUCAUUAUAAUCCCGAAGCCAAAGAAUUGCAAAUCAAUUUCAAGAACUCGAUUUUUCCUAUAGCUUGGAUAGAUUUAAGGCAGUGUUGUCAAAUAUCACUUGACGUCAAUUAUUAUUAACAGAUAUAUAGGUACCUAGUUUUUAGGUUUGCUUGAUUGUUAUAUUAUUUGUCUGUGUACUUUCAAUUUUAUUGUUUUGUAACUUUUACUUAUAAAUGUUUUAUGUUGUUUUAAAUCUUUAACGUGUUAAUUGUAUGUUUUAAAAUGAAUCCGUCAUUGCGAAAACAAUCUAAGUCCAUAUUUUGGGUAAAAUGACGACGCUUUUCGACGCCAUGAAAUUUACAUUUAAACAUACAGUACGUAAAUAUUUCAGCUGGACAUAGGGAACAUACACUGUAUAUAUUUAGAUACAUAAAUACAUACAUUGUUUUAUAUUGAGACAACUGUGGCAACUAAGCUCUCUCGAUAACAAUAGGGAAUAGGAAAACUGUUUAGUUUUUAAAUUAAUUUUUAAAUAAAAAAUAUUUUAAAAAUUAAAGUAAAAUUAUUAACUCAUUAAUCAUAAACUUUGUUUUUGAUUUAUUUAUCGACAGCCUUGCUUCAAAACUCACUCAUUCUAUUCGUUCUAACAGCUCUAUUACACCGAAAACUCGAACUCGAACAGAAGCUUCAACUUCAACUAACACAGGUCAGCGCAGUUGCCACAAUUCUCUCAAUGUGUAUUCCCCAUGUCCAGCUGAACGAUUUACGUACAGUUCUUACGAUGUCAGUUGGACAAUUAUAAAAACAAAAUUUGACACCAAGUGUCGGCUUCUUCUGUAAAACAUAGGCGGCGCAAUAGAAAUUAAUAAAUUUUUAUUUUUAAAUUA